GUAGAGUGCAUGCAGAACUCGUCCUGUGACGACAGGAAGAGACAACUAGAUGUUAACGGUAACGUUAGUGUGUGUAUAGGCUAUUCGCUCAGCCAGGAGACAGUUGAUCUGAUGGGGAAGCUUGGCAGUCAGAAUUAAGAGGUGGGGAGGGACUGAUGUCAUUUUAUUUCCCAUGUUAAUAUUGAACGUCUGUAAGUUGAGCUAGUCCAGCAAACUAUAAAAGAAUAGUCUACAAUAUGUUUCGGAAAAAAAAGGAUUUAUCCAAGACCCCUUCAGUGUUAAAGAAGGGCAACGUUAACGCAGGAAAUCCCGGACCUCAUAGCCCAUCUCUGUCCUCUCUGCAGGAGCAGUCCACCAUAGAUGGUGUGGAUGGCCCUCUGUCUACUUUGCCUGGCCCUCUGGAUGCCGUCUCCAUGUCGUGCCCAGGCACCCCGUCUGUGCUGCACAGCAAGCUGGUGAACUGCCCAUCACCGGUGAACACCCUGAGGCGGCCCAAGACCCUGAGCAGGCACGCCAGUGCUGCAGGCUUCCCCAUGCAGACGGCCGGCGCCUGGGCCUUUAGCCGGGGACACAGCCGCGGCCUGGCCCAGAGCCCCACUACAGAGACUGCGGAGGGGGGCGCUGCCAUCGAGGUGGAGGACAUUCCGCCCUUACUGCGGGAUGUAGCACGCUUCGCUGAGGCUGUGGAGAGGCUGAAGGAUGUGGUGCUGGGGGAAGAUAAGGACGAGUUAAGGCGUGGACUUGCACAUGAGUGCUUAGGUGAGGUGUUGCGCGUUCUGCGCCAGGUCAUCGGCACUUACCCACUGCUCAACACCGUGGAGACCCUUACAGCAGCCGGAACACUCAUCUCUAAGGUCAAAGGGUUCCAUUUUGAGGCUAGCAAUGAGACAGAGAAGAAGGACUUUGAGAAGGCCAUUGAGACCAUUGCUGUUGCGUUCAGCAGCAAUGUUUCUGAGUUGCUGAUGGGGGAAGUGGACAGCAGCACCCUCCUCUCUCUACCUCCUGCAGAGAAGAGCAGGUCAAUGGAGAACCUGUAUGGGGGAUUUCCUGGACAAGGGUUGGAUUCACCAAGAAAUGACCAGCUGGAGUGUUGUGAGUGUUUUCAACCGGUCAACGCAUACUUCACCAGGGCAUUAACAUUGUGUGUGAACGCAUACUUCACCAGGGCAUUAACAUUGUGUGUGAACGCAUACUUUACCAGGGCAUUAACAUUGUGUGUGAACGCAUACUUCACCAGGGCAUUAACAUUGUGUGUGAGCGCAUACUUCACCAGGGCAUUAACAUUGUGUGUGAGCGCAUACUUCACCAGGGCAUUAACAUUGUGUGGUGUGCGUGCAUGCGUGUGUGUGGUGUGCGUGCAUGUGUGGUGUGCGUGUGUGUGUGUGUUAGGUAUUAGUGCGGAGCAGGUGGAUGUUCUGCUGCAGCGUAGUGAGGGGGGUGUAGACUCGGCCCUGUCCUACGCUAAGAGCAUCGCGAGGUACCUGAAGGAUGUGAUCAGCUACGUGGACAAGAGAAUCACACACGAGCUGGACUUUGCCAGGAAGAUGCAAAGCCUCUACCAGUCCUGCAAGGACAGCUUCACUAAGCCCCACAUGCCGCUCUUCUCCAUCUACUCUCUGGCCCUGGAGCAGGACCUGGAGCAGAGCAUGGGAGCACAGCAGGCCACUGGCAACAUGCACGCACACACCUUCAUACAGCCUUUGUUGCAGCGCAAGCAGGAACAUGAGAAGAAACGUAGAGAGAUUAAAGAACAAUGGCAGAGAGCAAAGAGGAAGCUGGUGGAGGCUGAGAACAACCUGCGUAAGGCCAAGCAGGCGUAUGUGGCUCGCUGUGAGGAGUACGAUAAGGCGCGCAGCGUGGUCAACAAGGUGGAGGAGGAGCAGAGUGGCUCAGCCACCAAGGGCCUCGACAAGAAGAGACGACUGGAGGAGGAAGCACGCAACAAGGCCGAGGAAGCGGAGGCCACAUACCGUACGUGCAUCGCUGACGCCAGCACCCACCAGCAGGAGUUGGAAGACGUGAAGGUGAACGUGUUGCGGCAGAUCCAGGACCUGAUCAAACAGACAGACCAAACGCUCCGCACUUGCACUAUCUACUACUACCAGAUCAUGCACAUGCAGACAGCUGCAUUGCCGGUGCACUACCAGACGCUGUGCGAGAGCUGCAAGCUGUACGACCCAGGCCAGCAGUACGCUGCCCACGUCAAGAACCUGCCCCUCAGUCAGGAGCCGCCUUCCACUUACACAUUUGAGCGGUACUCCGACACCAGCCAGGGUUCAACGCGGGUUCGAAGCCUCAGCGGCUCUGACAGCACCCCAGCUGCAGGGGAGUCUGGAUCUGGAGAUGCGGUCAAACAGAGGAGAGCGGGUCGAGACCAAUCCCAUAAGUCGUGGCCCUCUACCCUGAGCGACACAGACAGUGUGGGAGGGGCUAGUGGCCCAGGGUCCCCCACCACCAGCACAGGUGACAUCACUAAAGCCCAAAGGCCUGUUUCUGCGGGAACCCUAUCAUCUAGUGAAGAUCUGGAUGAAGGGGAUGGAAAUGUGGCCUCUUUCGAACGCAUGAACGGGAUGGAACCGGAGAUUGCCGUCCCCACUGGACCUUUCCGGAACGUGGGGCUUUCCAAGGCUGCAAAGACGCAUCGGCUACGCAAGCUGCGGACUCCGUCCAAGUGCCGGGAGUGUGACAGCUACGUGUACUUCCAGGGAGCGGAGUGUGAGGAGUGCUUUGUGGCCUGCCACAAGAAAUGCCUGGAGUCACUAGCCAUCCAGUGUGGGCACAAGAAGCUGCAGGGCCGUCUGCAGCUGUUCGGCCGCGACUUCUCCAGCGUGCUGCAGGGCAGCUCGGACAGCAUCCCCUUCAUCAUCAAGAAGUGCAUCCUGGAGAUUGAGAAGAGGGCGCUCAAGAUGAAGGGCAUCUACCGUGUGAAUGGGGUGAAGACGCGUGUGGAGAAACUGUGCCAGGCCUUUGAGAACGGCAAGGAUCUGGUGGAGCUUUCUCAAGCUUCCCCUCAUGACAUCAGCAAUGUGCUCAAGCUCUACCUCAGACAGCUGCCGGAGCCCAUCAUGCCGUUCCGCAUGUACAACAGCCUGAUGGGGCUGGCCAAGGAGAGCCUGCAGCAGGCCGAGGGCUCGGAGGGAGGGGACGCAGGGAAGACCUCGGAGCUGGUGGACAGCGGGCCGGACACUGAGCCAGCGGUGGUGGCGCUGGUAGAGAAGCUCCAGGCACUGCUGCAGGAGCUGCCUCCGGCCAACAUCACCACACUACGCUAUAUCACACGCCACCUGCAGAGGGUGUCGGAGCUGGAGCAGGACAACAAGAUGAGUCCCAGUAACCUUGGUAUAGUCUUCGGCCCCACGCUGAUGCGGCCCAAACCCACAGGGGCCACUGUGUCGCUGUCCUCGCUGGUGGACUACCCCCACCAGGCACGCAUCGUGGAGGCUCUCAUCGUCUUCCACAAACAGAUCUUCAGCCAGGACUCUGGGGGACUGCGGCCCCCCUGCCCGCCCUCAUUCCUCCACAGCCAAUCGCAGAAUGGUGGAGAGGAGAGGAGGCAGACGGAGCCCCAGGAAGGAGAAGAGGAGCAGAGCAGAGCUGACCCAGAGCAGUGCUGUGGGAACUCUCUCGGUUCAUCUGGCUCACGGGAGCGCUCUUUGGACUCCGACUCGGAGCUGGACGAGGUGGUUAGGCGACCCAGGCGGCGCCCCCCUCUGGCCAGUCAGGAGAGCGAGACAAGCACGGAGGACGACCAGCUGAGCCCACGGGUCAGCCUGGACCUGUCAGGCACGGUGCCAGAGACGAUCCCAGAGCAAUCCCCCAGCCACACAGAGACUGAGACGGCAGAGGCAGGGCCAGGCGUCUCCGAAAGCACAGACAGGACAGUGGAGGACUGUCCACAGACUGAAGCAGAGCUGGCCUCUGCUGAAUAGGAACUGGGCGCCAUAUUCCUGUGGUUUAGUGUCCAGCACAGGUUUGUUGUUGCAUCAUGAAACCACAUUUAGUUGGUGGAUUUAUUUUGAA